UCAACUUAUUUUGUUAGACGGGAAAUUCCGACGACCGUUAAGUUUACACAGCUGUGACUCUAGACAAAAGUUAGAACUGUACGAGUUUGUUUUUUUGAACUUAUACCUUCAAGCAGUUUGCUCCCAACCACGCAUUUGAGUAGUUUCACACAUUCAACAUGCGUCCGUCAUUGCCAUUUUGGUCGUGUAUGGGUAUUAUUUUGAUAUUUGCGUCAAUCACUUGUGCUGAAUCAUCUGGAAAGUCCCGAAAUCGAGAAGAUCGUUUUGAUCUGGAGAACGAGAGCGUUGAAAGUAGGCAGAGCGACGAGCCCAUUGCCUCGUGUGGAAGUUCUGAGAAUGUGGAGGACAAUAGUUGCAGGCAGAGUGAAAACAAACACCCCAAGCGCAAGACCUUUCGAUUUGCAAUUUAAGAAUAAUAUUCGAUUUUAAUAAAAAUUAAUUGAAGAAAAUAAA